AUGGCCGGACCUCAUGUCACCGGUCCCCACUCCCGUCGAGGUCAUCGAUCUUCUCGACCCAGUGCCACAUACAGAAACACCACACACAGGAUCGCUAACUCGUCUAUUCACACCAACCGUGCAUUUCACGAGGUAUCCCCGACUCAAGAUUCUAGGACUGCUGAGGCUUUACACUUUAUCCUCAGUACCAUACCGGCCCAAUCUCAGACAGGAGUAAGGGAAGACACGGUAAAUGGGAUCCUCCUAACAAUCAUGACACAAGUCAUUGAAGUGGGGUCAUCUCAAAUGGGCCAACCGGAUUUUUCUGUAUUUGACCAAACACAGGAUGAUGAGACAGAAAGGGCUUUUGAAAGUAUGUUAUCUAUUUGGGGAGAAGGAAGUAAGAAAAGUGAUAUAGCCAAGGACCUUUGGGAUAUCUGUCAGCCGCCUGGGGAAGAAAUGGAUUUGACCGAGGAGACGGUGGAAGAACAUGAGGAAAUCGAGAUGUAUAAAGACCGGGAGACAUGGGAAGAUGAAAAUCUAUUUCGUCAAGCAUCAUUUACUGUCGACCGUCACUCUGCCACUGAGACGGCACCUCAAACAUGGGAAUUCGAACCUACGGACCCUGCUCAAAUGGCCAUGGAAGAUCAGAGACGGACGGAUAGAGCAGAAUUUGAUGUUCUCAGGGCUCGUCAAAGACUGAUGGAUCAUGUCUCCACGGUGAUCUUCGAUGCUCAACCUUCCACGACACUCACCGUCCCACCCGAUUUCACGGUCUUUGAUCGUCCACAGGUUUCUCAAGUGGAGAAUGACUUUCAAGUUCUUAUCGACCAUACAUUCGAUGGAGAGAGUAAAGCUGAAGUAGCUAAAACGCUUUGGAGGCAAUGUGAAUUGGAUAUGAAGGAUAUGAAUGAGACGAUUGAGUGGUCCGGGUGGCCUCAGGAAGAAGAGGGCAAGUCAUGGAGGCUUCUCUACUUUUGGAAUAACAAUUCAUUUAGGAUUGAUUGUGAUGAGGAAUCUGGCCCAUUUGUCAGAUAUGUAGCUUCGCGGAGUAUGAAAGACAAGCGAGCUUGA